CCAUUGGCCUGUAGAUUCACCUCCCCUGGGCAGGGCCCCAGGACCCAGGAUAAUACCUGUGCCUCCUGCCCAGAACCCUCCAAGCAGACACGAUGAUAAGAAUGGUGCCUGUCCUGCUGUCUCUGCUGCUGUUUCUGGGUCCUGCUGUCCCUCAGGAGACCCAAGAUGGUCGUUACUCUCUGACCUAUAUCUACACUGGGCUGUCCAAGCUUGUUGAAGACAUCCCCCAGUUUCAGGCCCUUGGCUCACUCAAUGACCUCCAGUUCUUUAGAUACAACAGUAAAGACAGGAAAUCUCAGCCUGUGGGACUCUGGAGACAGGUGGAAGGAAUGGAAGAUUGGAAGCAGGACAGCCAACUUCAGAAGGCCAGGGAGGACAUCUUUAUGGAGACCCUGAAUGACAUCGUGGAGUAUUACAACGACAGUAAUGGGUCUCACAACUUGCAUGGAAGGUUCGGUUGUGAGAUUGAGAAUAACAGAAGCAGUGGAUCAUUCUGGAAGUAUUACUACGAUGGAAAGGACUACAUCGAAUUCAACAAAGAAAUCCCAGCCUGGGUCGCCUUGGACCCAGCAGCCCAGAACACCAAGCAGAAGUGGGAGGCAGAACCAGUCUACGUGCAGCGGGCCAAGGCAUACCUGGAGGAGGAGUGCCCUGAGACUCUGCGGAAAUACCUGAAAUACAGCAAAAAUAUCCUGGACCGGCAAGAUCCUCCCUCUGUGGUGGUCACCAGCCACCAGGCCCCAGGGGAAAAGAAGAAACUCAAGUGCCUGGCCUACGACUUCUACCCAGGGAAAAUUGAUGUGCACUGGACUCGGGAUGGCAAGGUGCAGGAGCCUGAGCUACGGGGAGAGGUUCUUCACAAUGAAAAUGGCACUUACCAGUCCUGGGUGGUGGUGGCUGUGCCCCCGCAGGACACAGCCCCCUCCUCCUGCUAUGUGCAGCACAGCAGCCUGGCCCAGCCCCUGGUGGUGCCUGGGGAGGCCAGGUAGGAAGCAAGAGCUGGAGGCAAUGUGGGAUCUCAGCCCCAGUAGCUGCCCUUCCUGCCUGAUGUGGGAGCUGAACCACAGAAAUCACCGUCAAUGGAUCCACAGGCCUGAGGAGCAGCGUGGGGAGACAGACAGGAGGUGGAUUUGGAGACCGAAGACUGGGAUGCCUGUCCUGAGCUGACCUGGACCCAAAAAAUCAUCUCACCUUGAGCCCACCCCCACCCCAUUGUCUAAUCUGUAGAAGUUAAUAAAUAAUCAUCCCUCCUUGCCUAACAUAA